CAAUCGUUGACGGCACAAUGGCCAAAGCCAAACUGCUUGGCAUCUCUGCGGUCGUCGUCCUCGUUGCAUCCGUCGCGUAUCAUUUCCAGUCUACUGCCAUCAUGCGAUUGGAUACCAUGAAACUCAAGAACGCCAACAUGAGUCUGCAGGGGCAGACGGCGCUAGUGGUCGGAGGCACGGCGGGCAUCGGCGAAGGCAUCGCCCUCCGGUUGGCCCAAGCGAAAGCGAACGUCGUGAUCGCGGGGCGCAACGCCGACCGAGGCAAAUCCAUCGUGCGCAACAUGCAGACAAUCAACCCCUCGGGCACCUAUCGCUUCCUGCCCGUGGAUGCACAGCUCAUCGGCAACAUCCGCGGAUUGUCGGCCGAGGUGCCGCAUCUCGACAAGCUUGUGCUGACCCAGGGCAUUGCGACCAUCCAAGGAUUCACGCCGACAUCGGAAGGCAUUGAUCAGAAGCUCGCGCUCCAUUACUACGGCCGCAUGGCGUUUAUCGAGGAGUUCCUGCCGACGUUGCGGCAGUCCACGCACUCCCCUCGCGUGCUGUCGGUGCUGAGCGCCGGGGUGCAUUCUCCAUACGCCAACUACACGAACGACCCGUCGCUAGAAUCUUCAUAUUCCCUGAAGAACGCCGCCGACGCCGCGGGGUUCUACAACGAUCUGAUGCUGGACGCAUACAGCGCGGCCAACGACCAGAUCGCCUUCGGGCAUGCCGCGCCAGGAUUUGUCGCGACCAACUGGGGCACGGAGAUGCCGUGGGCCAUUCGCAUGCUCUUGAAGCCCCUCAAGUACCUGCUGGCUAAGUCCAAGGCAGACUGCGCCGAGUUUAUGACCGACUUUUUGCUUCGAGAAGACGUCGCGGGUGGACAGCUGUACUUGACGGACGCGGUGGGUGAACCAGCCGCCGUCACGACCGCGCACACCCCCGCCGCAGUCGCCUUCCUCGCCAAACAUACCCAAGAUCGGUUGAAAUACGUCCAGUAACGAGUUGUUCCUUACAGGUUGCAAAAUGCAUAUACCAUAACCCGCUAGUUAACAGUAACCAUAACCCGGUAGUUAACAGUAGUUAUGGAUAUCCUUAUCUACC